AUGGGUGGCCUCGACAUCACUUCUGCGCCGCGGUCGCCGGUCUCUGAAGAGCGGGAUAGAAGUGCAGGCGACACCUUCAAAGUACAGAAUGAGGACGAGCUGCGAUUGGCACAGAUGGGUGCGUUUCCUUUUGUUCAAAUCUCAGUCGGAACAAAUGUUCACAGUGGUCUAGGACACAAGCAAGAGCUGAAACGACAUUUCUCUGUUUGGAGCUUGAUUGGAUUGGCAGCCAAUUGUACUAUCUCAUGGACAGGCGAGUCAAGUCUCGGUCUAGGAUUGAUCACGGCGAUCAACGCGGGCGGUCCAGGCGCGCUAAUCUACGGCUUCAUCCUCGUGUUCAUCCUACAAUCGUUCGUCGGGGCAUCCCUUGCUGAAUUCGUCUCAGCCUACCCAGUCGAAGGAGGGAUGUACCAUUGGAUCGCAGCAAUCGCCCCGAAGCGAUAUAACAGUUUGCUCAGUUUUGCGACUGGGUGGUGUACUGUCUUUGGCUGGAUCUUUACGACUGCCUCGACCAAUUUGAUUUACGCCACAACAGUCAUGGCGUUGAUUGCGCUAUACCAGGAUGACUUGGUUGUUCAGCCAUGGAUGACCUUUGUCGCAUACCAAAUUCUCAAUAUUUUGACGGCUGGCGUGGUCAUGUUUGGGAACCGUUUCAUUCCAAUGAUCAACAAGUUCUCAUUGGUUUACUUACAACUGGCCUGGUUUAUCACUAUGGUCGUCGUGGCUGCUUCAGCGCCUGUGUACAAUGACAGCAAAUUCGUCUUCCGCACCUGGAUUAACAACACUGGUUGGGAGAACAACGUAAUUUGCUUCAUUACGGGCCUGGUGAAUCCGAUGUACUCACUGGGAGGCUUAGAUGGAAUCUCACACAUCACCGAGGAAAUGCCCAAUCCAGGCAGAAAUGCUCCACUGGGUCUCGCAAUCACCCUUUCAAUCGCCUUUGUCACAGGCCUCUCCUAUCUCCUCAGUCUGAUGUUCUCGGUUCAGAACUACGGCAGUUUAGCUGAUACACAUACCGGACUUCCUCUCGCCGAGCUCUUCUGGCAAGUAACCUCUACAAGGGGAGGAGCAUUUGGAUUGGUAUUCAUGGUCUGGGUGGCCCUGGGGCCCUGUGUGAUAGGAUCACAGCUGACAGGCACGGGCCGGGUCUUUUGGGCCUUUGCGCGCGAUGAAGGCCUGCCUUUGUCGAAAGUCUGGGCACGAGUUAACCCGCGACUGGGCUCCCCGUUGAAUGCGCAGUUGUGUGUUGCAGUGAUUGUCGGCCUGCUAGGUUGCAUCUAUUUGGGAUCUAGCACAGCCUUCAAUGCUAUGAUGAGCUCUGCAGUUACCAUCAACAACUUCGCAUUCCUUGUGCCAAUUCUCACAAAUGUUCUCCUCCGACGUCGCACCAUGCAUCGCGGCCCGUUCUUUAUGGGACAAACCAUUGGAAUGACAGUGAAUAUUGUUUCAGUGGCGUGGCUGACCUUCGCGAUUGUAUUCUUCUCCUUCCCAUAUGAGAUGCCUGCUACCGCGUCCAAUAUGAACUAUACUUGUGUUGUUGUCGGCGGAUUUUUGAUUAUUGAGCUUGCUUGGUGGAUCAUCGCAGGCAAGAAAUACUCGCUCACUGUACAGCGGGCCAAAGAGGAGGUUGUCGUCGACGAAGCAUCUGUGCAGGGUAAGAACCUUGCAUGA